AUGCGAACUCGGACUCGCAACAUCUGUACCGCUGUUGCUCGUGCCGUGGGCGACGUUCCAGAGGCAGAGCCCAUUUUCCCGCCCAUAUUCAACUUCGACUAUUCACGAUACCGCUCUUCCGAUUUCCACACAUUGAGGCAUGAAGUCUGGGCGAUUGAAGAACACGAUUAUUCGACAUCCUUUUACCAGAUUAUGCCAGAUGGCUCACGGUCACGACGGAGCCGUGAUUGGGAGGCGGAACUUAUUCCGGUUGGAGAUUUAGGAUAUAGCGGCUCGACGUUUCUUAUGACUCGCAACGGGAAAUAUAUCGUCAAGUCACUAGAUCGCCGAUUCGAAUACCGCUUCUUCAUGCACGAACUAUUUCGUCCUUAUGUGGACCAUAUGACGGCUUAUCCUGGCAGCCUUCUAGUCCGCGUCACGGAUAUGCUCUAUGUUCCAGGAUCAAACUUGAACAGGCUUCUGGGUCUCUCGGCAACACACCUUGUUAUCAUGGAGAAUUUGUUACACGGAAAAGAGAAAGAGGAAAAUGAGAAUGCUAGGGCUCAAUGGAGUACCUAUGAUCUAAAGCCAGACAAUUAUUUCUUCCCGGAGCGCGAUAUCGCCGGCGGUAGUUUGUCAUCUGAGAAUGUGAAAAACAAGCUGGUUGAUCAAAUGCCCAGCCGAUUACGAGUCUCAGCGCAAAUGAAGGAUCAGCUUUUCACCAUAUUGAACGCAGAUACGGAAUUCCUUGCGAACUCGAAUGUGGUUGACUAUUCUCUGUUUCUGGUUCGGCUUCCUGGUCCUGGGCAACAUCCAAAAUCUCAGUCUAGUACGAAGUUUCCUCCAGGCGAUGAUACACAACUAGCUGCUAAGAGGAAUGAUACAGAGACUUGGAGAAAUGGAGUGCCAUCCAUUGACGGUAAAUGGAUAUAUCGUAUCGUUAUUAUAGAUUUCUUCUGGGCCAGACACAUGUUGCAGCCGAGGAUACUGUCGGGGCUUGUCAAAACAUUCAACAUCUAUGCCAAAAAAGGUCCAAUGAGUAUUACAGCGGACCCGAUUGAGUACAGGAGGCGUUUCAUGGAUAUGGUUCACAAGUUGAUGUCAGGAAGCGAUGCUUAG